CUUAUACAUAAACAUAUAUGCCAUUGAAGGAAAGAAGCAACACAACUACAAGACCCACUUUCUGUUUUUACAAGGUUAACAAAACAACUCAGAGUUAAAAUAACAACCAUAAAUUACAAUUAUAUGAAAAUGUGUUAUGAAUUUAAAAGCUUUCAAAGUCAAUAAAUCAUAAAAAUGAAUUCAUCAAAUAAAAUGCGUAUGGAACAAAGAAAGCAUUCAAGUUUAUUAUCUGAACUGCAAAAUAUUUUGUCAACAGACGAUAAAAAAAUUGAAGUUGGUAAAGCUAUAUUUAGACAACUUUUGAUUAGAAAUCCCAAUUUUAUGAAAAUGUAUAAACCACUUCAAUCAGUCACUUUACCUCAAGCAUUGAAUUCAGAUUAUCUCACUAAUAUGGCUAUACGUUAUGUGAAUAGUAUAUUAUAUAUUGUGGAGAAUUUCAAUGAAGAAGAGAAAUUACAAGAAACAAUAAAAUAUUUAGCUAGUAAACAUACUAAUUGUGGAUUGACAGUAGCUCAUUUUGUGUCCGUUCUGCCUAUAUUCAUUGAUACAAUUGUAUCAUAUUUGAAGAUUGACGAUAAUAAAGAGAGCAUGCAAUUUAUACUGUCCACAGUAUUUCCAAUGAUUGGGAAACGCCUUUAAUUUCUAUUAAGAUUUUUUAUUUUAAAAAAAAUGUGUAAUAAUCAUGAUAAAUAAAAAAGAUAAUCAUCUACAUUUUA